CUACGCCUGCCUCCAGAGAGACCGCGGACGAUCGUGUGAGCUUUGACCUUCAGACCGAGGCCUCUCCCUCGUUAAUCUACGUUAACGGUUUGGCAGGCAGAGCCUUCCAUGUGGCACUGUCCUGGCCACCUAAAGCCCUCGAGCGCCCCCCGGCGUCGCCGCGCGCAGCCCCACACUCCGGAAGUCAGCCGACCGCGGCCAGUUGGAGGAGGCUCGAGGGCUUCGUGAGCUAAAUAUGUCACGGCUUUUGAGGAAUUUCAGCAAGCAGCGAGGCGGUUGCCGGCUAGGAGGCUGAGGCAGGAGGAUCGCGAGUUCAAACCUAAGUUGAGCGACUUUGUUAAACUCUAUUUGAAAAAUUAGAUCACGGCUGGGAGUGUAGCACAUUUCAAAGGCUUGGUACGGAAAAAGGGGCUGAGGGGGAGAAGCCUCAGAAUCUGCAGGAGAAGUCUGAAGACCUUGACACGAGACUUGAAGAACCCACCGAAGGGAUUUCGGAGGGCUGGACGAUUUCAUCCUUUCUGCUCGCUCCCCUGCCUUAUGUUUAUACCAAGGUGUCAGUGUUAAGAGUUGCAGUAGACACCUGUGCAGUGAGCACUUACUUUGUACCAGGCCAUUGAGUUUAAAGCCGGCGGGCCUUGGUGGCAAACACCUGUGAUCUCAACACUUGGGAGACUGAGGCAGGAGGAUUGCUGCAAGUUCCAGGUCAGCCUGAACUACAAGGGUCUCAUCACGUAGUUUAGGCUGGCCUUGCACUUGCAGUGACCCUCCUGCCUCAGCCUACACAGUACUGAGACGCACUAAGCUCAGCUGUCCCUUUCUAAGUAAUACAUGGGCAAAUGCGCUCACUGGUGUGUCAUCAAGCUGCUCCCAGUUCCCGGAGCCACACCUGGGCCAGUGGUACUUCAUCGCAGGGGCAGCACCCACCAAAGAGGAGCUGGCCACCUUUGAGUCUGUGGACAACAUCAUCUUUAACAUGGCUGCAGGCUCCGCCCCAACCCAGCUCCAGCUCAGCGCCACCAUCCGCACGAAAAAUGGGUUCUGUGUACCCCGGAAAUGGAUCUACCACUUGACCAAAGGGAGCACAGAUCUCAGCACCGAAGGUCGCCCUGACAUGAGGACCGAGCUGUUCGCCAGCUCAUGCCCCCGUGGUAUCAUGCUGAAAGAGACAGGCCAGGGCUACCAGCGCUUCCUCCUCUACAAUCGUUCCCCAUACCCUCCGGAGAAGUGUGUGGAGGAAUUCCGGUCCCUGACCUCCUGCCUGGACUCCAGAGCCUUCUUACUGAUUCCCAGGAAUCAAGGUGAGGGGUUAAAGUUUCCCAGGAGACCCGGUCCCACCAGGCAUUGGGCAGGUGCCGGAUGGGAGGCUCAUGUGAUCCAACCAGAGCCAGCCCGAGUACAUGGCCCAGGUGACAUCAUCAGAGCAGCCGAGGGGACGUUGCUACUUCUUGCAGGCCACGAUGACAUCAGAGGAACCCAGCUGAAAGCCGUGAUAUCACCCAACGGGACAAGGAGGCCUGUGAGCUGCCCAGCGACCGACCUGGAACCUGAGCUGUGGCUUGAAGGAGAUACAGGGCAGCCGAGCUGCCCAGGGGAGGAAACCCAGAGCCCCCUCACAGAUAAUAAAGAUGACCUCCCAUCCUUGCCCUGCUUCCUGGUUUCAUUUCACCACUCUGCCCAGCCCCUCCACCGUCUGACCUCUGCUGGACGGCAUCAGGAAGGACACUGGUGGGACAAUGCUCACAUUGUAGUGGUGUAUUUAGGGAUUAGUGUGACACAGGUAUUUAUUGCUGGGUGAGCAAACCCCUGACCCCUCGUGGAGUCUCCAAGCUCCAUCCCCCUGCCUGUCCGGCCCUCUGAGCUGCCCUCCACGGUACUGCCCACACCAUCCCACUCAUGACCCCAGUGAGCCCCAAUCUUCCCUGCAGGCAUCCUGCUCCGUGGGUCCAGUGCAGACUCUAUCCCCCAGCCUCACACCCUGACUUCGAGCAAAGCCCCCACUCCUGCCUAGGUGGCCCAGGUUCUGGGACCCCCCACCCCCCAGGGACACCGCGGGCUCCCAGCUACUUUCUCCCUGCAGAGCUUUCGGUCCUGCUUCUCUCUGGAAAGGACCCUCUGUUCUCUAUGCUCCACCAUCACACUUUUUUUUUUUUGGCUUUUUAAAAAGAGGUGAAGGAAAAAACUAUAGGUGGAA